AUGGCCGCGGCUAAAACAGUGGAUUUGGCGGAAGCACUGGCCCUGGGCCCCCCCUGGCGACAUCUUUGUUACGUGAUGCUGUAUGCGCCCAAUCCAAAGAAGCUCUUCGGCGGCCGCAUCCCACUGCGCUAUUCCGUACUGAUGUACAUGCGCUUUGAUGGACGACUGGGCUUCCCUGGAGGUUUUGUGUCCGAUAACAGCCCCACCCUGGAGGACGGGUUGAAUGACGAACUGCUGAAGAGGCUGGGUGAGGGUGUGUCCACUUUCAGUGUGGUCCACAACGACUACCGAAGCACCCUCAGCGAUGACAAGUCGAAAGUGGUGGCCCACUUCUAUACUAAGUGUCUGACCCUAGAGCAGCUCCAGGCUGUGGAAGCCAAGGCACCGCUAGCCAAAGACUAUGGAUUGGAGGUCUUCGGCCUGGUGCGGGUGCCCCUGUAUAUCUUGCAGGAUGGCGUGGGAGGCCUGCCCGCUUUCCUAGAGAAUUCUUUCAUUGGUGCUUCCAGGGAGCAGCUCCUGGAAGCCCUCCAGGACUUGGGAAUUCUGGAUCCUGAAACCAUCUCAAUCCUAAAGGAACGAAUUAUACAAAGGAGGCUGAGAUGA